AUGAGUAUCAAGCAACAAGAGGAUGAGAUGCUGAGAUCCUACAUAGCCCGCUUUAAUAAGGAAGCGCUCUCAAUUGACGAAGCUGAUGACAAGAUACUUGUAGCAGCCUUCACAAAUGGGUUGCGGAAGGGUAAGUUUUUGUUUUCUUUAUACAAGAACGACCCGAAACCCAUGUCGGAUGUACUUUACAGGGCCACCAAGUACAUGAAUGCCGAAGAUGUGCUACUAGCUCGAGAGGAAAAGCCUAGGAAGAGAGAGAGGCAAGAAGACAAACAACAGGACAAAGGGCGAAAGAUGGCAAGAACUGGAGACGGAAGGGAUGACAGACGCUCUAAACCCCUGGCGGGGAGGUUCACAAGCUUCACCCCGCUGACCGCCCCGAUCGACCAAGUCCUAAUGCAAAUCAAGGACGAAGGAGCCUUAACCUUCCUCGGAAAACUGAAGGGAGAUCCCAACAAACGGCCUAAAGACAGGUACUGCCGCUUCCAUCGUGAUCACGGUCAUGACACGGCCGACUACUAUGACUUAAAGCAGCAGAUCGAAGCCCUUAUCAGGCAAGGGAAGUUACAAAAGUUCGUCAGCAGGGAGAGAACAGAUUCGCCUCCUCAAGAGCAAGCCCCCCGACUAGACAACGAGCGUCCCAAACCACCUUUGGGAGACAUAAGGAUGAUUGUGGGAGGCACGGUGACCAUUGGCUCGUCCAAGAAGGCCCGAAAUACUUACCUCAAAAUGGUUCAGAAUGUUCAGAUGACAGGCGUUGUCCUGAAAAUGCCACAGGUCGAUAACCCAAUUAUUGGUUUCACGGAAGAAGAUGCUCGACAUCUUCACCACUCACAUGACAACACGCUCGUCGUUAACAUCCGAGUAAGAGAUUAUAACAUGUACUAG